UUACGGGUUUCUUUUACUUUUCCCAUUAAGCCUUUUUAUGGUGGUCGUGGGAGUGCUGCUUUUAUCAUAGGUUGCCUCUUUCCAUGCUGGGCUAUGGCGUUUCCUUCACAUUUUGGAUUGUGCUGACUGAGCACACUCUGAGUUGUGAGGGGAUCCAGCAAAGAUCAUGGACCCCGUACCAGCUGGCUGCCUGAGGUUGCUAGUAACGCUGUUUUUAGCCUUGUGGAGGAUCCAUUGGGCCAACGGUGGUGACUGUAAAGGACACCGGCAGGUGCUGCACAGGGCAUCGGGCUACGUGACGGAUGGGCCAGGCAACUAUUCAGUCAAUGGCAACUGCGAGUGGUUGGUGGAAGCUCCCAGCAGCAGCUACCGCAUCCUCCUGACCUUCAUGUUCAUGGACACAGAAUGCACCUAUGACUACCUCUUCAUUUACGAUGGAGAUUCUCCCAGCAGCCCCUUGCUGGCCAGCCUUAGUGGCAGCACCCUGCCUCCCACCAUUGAGGCCACCUCUGGCAAGAUGCUGUUGCACCUGUUCAGUGAUGCCAACUACAACCUGUUGGGCUUCAACGCCACCUACACUGUCUCGCUGUGUCCAAUGGGGUGCUCAGGACAUGGGACCUGCAACAAUGACGGGCGCUGUGCUUGCUUCCAAGAUUGGGAUGGUGAGGAUUGCUCGAUGCCUGACUGCGUCACCUAUUGUCAGAGCCAUGGCAGUUGCAGCCUGGACUCGGAGCAUUGCCAGUGUGAGCCUGGCUUUGUGGGUCAGGCCUGUGACUUAGCCCUGAGUGAGAACCAAGGAGCUGGCAAGUGGUACAAUGUCAGCGGCCGGGAUCCCAGUUUCCGGCCCCGCACAGCUGCCGCUGGCGCUUUCCUGCCCUCCACUGGAGGACUGUACAUCUUUGGAGGUUUGGAUCUCAACACGGCCCUGGGGGACCUCAUCUGCUAUAACUUCACUACUAAUGUCUGGCAUCAGCGAGUGCUCAGCCCCUCCCCGUCUGCACGUCACUCCCAUGUUGCUGCGGCUUGGGAGGGCUUCCUGGUCCUUUUCGGGGGGGAGCUGGCCAGUGGCUUUCUUUCCAAUGAUGUCUGGAUGUACCUGCCGCAGGAAGGACGCUGGCAGGAGUUGGUGCCCCUCAACACCUCCUGGUUUCCUCCGCCUCCCGGGCUGGCUAGCCAUGCAUCUGCCGUGGUGGAUGAGUGGCUUUAUGUAUUUGGAGGCCGCACCUCGGUGGAUGUCUUCUCCUCGCAGAUGUACCGCUUCCAUCUGAGGAAAUGGCACUGGGAAUUGGUGCAGCCCUCGGGGGGCAAGGCUCCUGCAGCAGCGGGUCACUCCAUGGUAUUCCAUCUGGCCUCCCGCACUCUCCUGGUUUAUGGCGGGCACCGCCCCUCCACUGCCCGGUUCAGUGUGCGAGUGAACACCACCGACCUCUUCCAUGUGGACCUGCGCUAUUGGAGUACUUUGCGUGCCAAAGAUUCGCACCGGGGCCCCCGAGAGCGGGCUUUUCACUCUGCCACAGUCAUUGGCAACUACAUGGUUGUGUAUGGGGGCAACGUCCAUAUCCAUUACCACGAGGAGAAAUGUUACGAAGAUGAACUCUUCUUCUACCACCUGGGCUGCCAUCAGUGGGUCUCAAGCCACGAGCUGGCACCUCCAAUCACCCAUGAGCACGAGACAAAGGCCCAAGCCCAGACCCGAGGCCGCUACUCCCACGUGGCCACUGUCAUGAACGGGAACGUGCUGCUUGUGGCCGGCGGCUACAGUGGGGUGCCACGGGGCGACCUCUUGGCUUACAAGGUGCCCACCUUUGUCUUCCAGGUGCCUUCUCAGAUGUACCACCUGGACUACUGCUCCAUUUACACAGAAAAAAGCACAUGUGCCAAGGACCCUGAAUGCGCCUGGUGUAUGAGAGGUUGCCAGAGCACCCAGCCGCGCAGCAUCUGCCCCAAUACUGGCUGCCUGGGCUUGGCCCGCCUCUUGGUUGACUGCCAAUCAUGCCUGGCUUUUGGCAGCACCAAUGCUUCUCUGCCUCAUGCCCCAGGACCUUUUGGCUGGUGUGUGCAAAAUGAGACCUGCAUGCCCCUCUCAGAGCAGGGCAGGUGCCAGGUGGGGAAAAUCUCGGAAGUGUAUGGUUGGUGGGGGCCCCAGCCCUUCUUUGUCACUUCCUUGGCGGAAUGUCAGCAUGAAAACUUCCUGCCUGGCCUUCAUCUCAUCACCUACCAGCAGCCCCGCAAUGACUCCCAGCCUGAUAAGGUCUCCAUUGUCCGCAGCACCACCAUCACCCUUAAUCCCAGCACCGAGAUGGAUGUCUCGCUGGUCUACAAGGGAUUCAUCCACCCGCUGGUGAGCAGCUCUGGACCUGCAAAGGAUAUCUCCAUCUGGGCACGCAUCCAGCGCCUCUUCGUCAUUGCCAAGUUGGCUCGAGCCCCUGGUGCAUCUGAGCUGGAGGAAGUGGGCCGCUGGGCGGUGCAAGAAAAAGAGAAACGGUUACUCCAGCACCCCGGGGGGGAGCGCCUCUUCCCCAGCACCGAGAGGGGGAAUAAGUACACUGUCCUGGUGGAAGGCCACCUCAACAACUCCGGCAACGGACAGACGAGCGAGCUGACCCUCACUUGGGAUCGCACAGGGGUGCCUGGGGGAAGCGAGAUCUCUUACUUUUUCCUGGAGCCGUAUCGCUCGGAGCUCUGCCUUACUUACCGCUCGUGCCUGGCUUGCCUGGCUGACCAGGGUUGCGGCUGGUGCCCACUCAGUGCCACCUGCCACCGACGGCUGGCGCAUAAGGACAAUGCAGGGGCCUGCGGUGCCGGCAGUGUGCGCCUCAUCCUGGCCCCCGGCAACUGCAUCUUGUGUGAGGACUAUCGAGACUGCCAUGCCUGCAGCAAGGACCCGUUCUGUGAGUGGCAAGUAAACAGCAGCAAGAAGGGAGAUUUCCUCUGCAGCCGUCGAGGCCGCCUUCCCGGUGCUAUUCUCUCUCCCAAGGACUGCCCAAAACUUUGCAAUCAGCGCACAACCUGCUCUGAGUGUCUCUCCAACUCCAGCCAGUGUGCUUGGUGCCAGUCCACACGCAGCUGCUUCUUCUUUGCCGCCUACCUGGCCAAGUACCCCUACGGUGACUGCCGGGGGUGGUACGACAGUGUUCACUCUGUGCCCCAGUGCCUGGACUGCACCCGGUUCAACACCUGCCGGGAAUGUUUGCAGAACUUUGAAUGUGGUUGGUGUGGCAACUCGGACAACCCUACUUUGGGCAGGUGCCUCCCUGGGGAUUUCUCAGGCCUCAGCACCUUCCUGAACUGCUCAGUGGCACUCUGGGAGUCUCACGGGCUGCCUCCCACCCAUCCUGCCCAAUGGUCCUACGGGCAGUGCCCUGAUGUGGACGAGUGCCGCCUGGGCCUGGCCAACUGCCACCCUUUCGCCAGCUGCAAAAACACGCCAGAUGCCUUUGAGUGUCACUGUAACCGGGGCUAUGCAGGGGAUGGGGUGGCCUACUGCAACCAGACCUGCUAUGAUGAAUGUGCCCACGGAGAAUGCAGCGGGGGGCCCAACUUCACCUGCUUGUGCGACUUGGGCUGGACCUCCGAGUUGAUCACGGGGGCCACCCCGCCACCUAGCGGGGUGCAAUGCAACGUGGACUGCGGCUGCCACUUCCACAGCAGCUGCACCGUCGGGGGGCCAGGUGUUUGCGAUGAAUGCCAGAACUGGACCCACGGCGAGCGCUGCCACCUUUGCCGGCCCGGCAGCUACGGGAAUGCCACCAACCAGAGCGGCUGCCGGGAGUGUGCCUGCAAUGGGCAUGGCCUGGAGGAGAUGGGCUAUUGCCACGGCACCACCGGAGCCUGUUACUGUGCCCCUCCCACAGAGGGGCUGCACUGUGAGCGCUGUACCCCCGGCUACUACGGAGACCCCAGAAAUGAGGGCAUCUGCUACCAGGAGUGUGUGGGGCGCUCCUUGCUUGCCAACCUCUCUUCCUCAUCUUCGCUGAGCUCUCAGCGGGCUGGGGGGGCCCCAUUGGGUGGGCUCUCUUACUGCGUCUGGGUGUUGUCGACCGGUGAAGACGUGCAGCCCUGUCGCCCUGAGCAGAUCUGCCCGACAGUCACCCUCACGAUCCAACCUGACACCCUCUGUAUGAAUAACUAUGUCUAUGCCUUUGAUGGGCUGCCUGACUUCCUGGACACAGGCCUGAUCCAGCAGGAUCGCACUCUGAUUGGGGCUUUCUGUGGCCACGGCCGCCCCCGUCCUAUCACUGUGGAGGCUGUAUCAGGCCUCCUGGUCAUUUACUAUGAGGCCAACUCCAGCGAGGCUUCAGGUUUCAACGCUACCUACACGGUGCACCGCUGCCGGCCCAGCUGCCACGCCAACCAGGAGUGCCAGGAAGGGCAGUGCGUCUGCAAGAGUGGCUACAUGGGGCCCAGCUGCCAGUUGCAGAUCUGCCCGGGCAACUGCAGCGUUGACGCCGGGCAGGGGGUUUGCAACCGGAGCCUGGGCCUCUGUGUCUGCAGUGACGGAUUUGCUGGCAAAGAUUGCUCCAUCCGUUUAGAUGCUGGCAAGAUCAUCUGGGACACCUUGAUUGACACCCAGCUGACAGCUGACACAGCCAGCCGGUUUCUUCACCGCCUAGGCCACACAAUGGUGGAGGGGCCAGACACCACGCUUUGGAUGUUUGGGGGCAUGUCACUGCGAGAGGGAAUGUUGGGUAAUGUGUACAGAUACUCCAUCGCUGAACGCCGCUGGACCCAGAUGCUGGCGGGGACAGAGGACAGAGGCCCCGGCCCCAACCCUCGAUAUUUCCAUGCAGCUGCGUACAUUCCCUCCUGUAAGGCAAUGUAUGUGCUUGGUGGGCUGACCACUGACGGGGUGGCCAAUGACUUCUGGUUGCUCAACCUCACAACUUUGCAGUGGAGACUUGUGCAGGACCCCUUGAUCCCAGCCGUAGCCGGUCACACACUCACAGCACGACAUGGCUCAUCUUUGCUCCUCAUUGGUGGCUACUCCCCUGAGAAUGGCUUCAACAAAAAACUGCUGGAAUAUAAUGUGGUGUCUGAGAGUUGGCGUGCCGGUAACCAGGCGGGAACACCCCCUACAGGUCUGUACGGACACUCAGCUGUGUACCACGAGGGCACAGAUGCCAUCUAUGUCUUUGGCGGCCACCGCUUUCACGUGGAGAUGGUUUCAGCUUCUCCUGAGCUCUACAGCCUUUACUAUCCCAACCUGACCUGGAGCCUGCUGGCUCCAUCUCAGGGGCCAAAGCCACUGGCUCACUUCUUCCACGUAGCAGCUGUCCUGAAGGACACUAUGGUGGUGAUUGGGGGGCGCACGGAGCAUGAGAAUUUCACCAACCACCUCUUCUUCUACCAGCUAAACUGCAACACCUGGAUCCUACCCAACAGCACAGCAGAAGCUGUGGUGGGCGAGCCCAUAAUGGAGUCCAUUGCCCACGCUGUGGCUGCCGUUGGAGACCGCAUCUUCCUCUCAGGGGGCUUCAACGGGGUGGCGCUGGGACGCAUGGUGGCUCUCUCUGUGCCCUCCGACCCUUGCCUCAUAUUUCCCAGCCUGGAAGCCUGCCACAGAUCUAACGCCAGCUGCACCUGGUGCCAUGCCAGCUGCCUCUCUGCUGAUGCUGCUGAUAGACAGGGCUGUUCUGGAGGGACUCCCUGCUUCCCCACCCCAAGGUCUGCAGAUGAGUGCCGUCGGCUCAGGACCUGUAGCGAGUGCCUUGCGCAGCAUCCCCGUGCCAUGGCCCACAGUCUGGGUAUUCCAGCCUUACCACAGUGUAAAUGGUGCACCAACUGCCCCGAAGGCGCCUGCAUCGGCAGCACCGGCAGCUGCACCUCGGAGAAUGACUGCCGCAUUAACCAGCGUGAGAUCUUCGUGGCCAGCAACUGUUCGGAGAUCUCGUGUGAGGCCUCGGACUGUGCCAAAUGCACGGCUUCAGGGAAAUGCAUGUGGACGCGGCAGUUCAAGCGCACUGGGGAGACACGUCGCAUCCUCAGUGUGCAGCCCACGUACGACUGGACGUGCUUCAGCCACUCGCUCCUUAACGUCUCCCCAAUGCCGGUGGAAUCUUCGCCUCCGCUGGCCUGUCCCACGCCCUGCCACAACCACAGCACCUGUGGGGAGUGCCUGAGCUCCAAGGGGGCCGAUGGGGGCUGGCAGCAGUGUGUCUGGAGCAUCAGCUUACAGCAGUGUAUGAGCCCCACGUACCUGCCCAUGUGUUGUGCAGCUGGGAUGUGUGGCCGAGUGCUGAGCGGGACCGAGAGCUGCACCCCAUCUUGCUCACGCUUCCAGCAGUGUGCCCUCUGCAUCCAACAGCCCCGCUGCGGCUGGUGCGGCCUCCGGGGCGAGAACGGCAAAGGGCGCUGCAUGGAAGGUGGGCGGAGUGGACCUCGCCACGGUUUGAUAGAGUCAUGUGGCCUGAAAGCAGACUGGGCCUUCAUGUCAUGCCCUCCUGAGAACGAGUGCCUGAAUGGGCACCAUGACUGCAAUGAGACCCAGAACUGUAACGAUUUGCCCCAUGGCUACAAGUGCACGUGCAAGAAUGGCUACACACUGGACAACGUGACAGGGCUGUGCAAGCCAGUGUGUGAGCAGGGCUGCAUCAACGGGACCUGCGUGGAGCCCAACGCCUGCCAAUGCCACUUUGGCUACGUGGGGCUGAACUGCUCGGUGGAAUGUCAGUGCAACAAGCACAGCAACUGCCAGGGUGUGGAGGCGCAGGACCAAUGCUUGCAGUGCUUCAACAACACCAUGGGGCAACAUUGUGAAAAGUGCCAGCCGCUGUUUGUUGGCUCGGCCCUGCAUGGGGGCUCCUGUCACCCCUGCCACGCUUUCUGCCGCGGAAACAGCAACGUGUGCAUCACGCGGGAAGAGUACGAGCGAGCCCGUCGGGAUCCUGCCCGCUUCCCGCUGGAGCCUGCGUUGAUCCCAAAUUGGGUGGCAGAAGGGCCAGCCGAGGACGCAGCUGUCUGUGUGAACUGUCAGAACAACAGCUUUGGAGAGAAAUGCGAGAGCUGCCUGCAUGGCUACUUCCUGCUGGAGGGGAAGUGCACCAAGUGCCAGUGCAACGGCCACGCUGACUCUUGCAACGAGCUGGAUGGAACUGGCUGUCCCUGCCAGAAUAACACGGAGACCGGAGGCUGCCAGAACAGCGCCCAAUCCGACAAAAAGGACUGUUACAAGCAACAGUGUGCCAAGUGCCGCGAGUUCUUCCACGGGAAUCCGGUGGGUGGGCACCAGUGCUACCGUCUGGUCAUCGUGGACCAAGAGAGCUGCUUUGACCCCACCUCACAACUCAACUGCUUCCACGAGCCUAACAUCAAGAACCUGCCAUUCGGGCGCUCUGUCUUUUUUGGUGUCCAGCCCAAAUUCACCAACGUUGACAUCCGGAUCACCAUCGACGUGACCUUUGGCGGCGUGGACGUCUACAUUUCCACCUCCUACGAGACAUUUAUUGUGGAUGUCGACCAGGCCACAGGCAUCCACUCUGUGCGCAUCGUGUCGCCGGGGGACGAAGUGGGUGGGCACAGCAGCAUAAACAAUGGAAGCCAGUCCUCCCCCCUGGUGCGAGAGGCCCGAACCCAUGGCCUCAUUACCUACAUCACUGUGCGGGAGCAGCAAGCCGUGCUGAUUGUGCGGGCUGUCCAAGACAGAGUGGUCAUUACCUACCCCCACGAGAUCCAUGCCCUGAAAUCUAGCCGUUUCUAUGUCAUCCUGCUGGGCAUUGGGGGGGCCAGCCCCAACAUCACAGAGUCCCAGGGAUUGCUCUUUUUCCGCCAAGACCAGGCCCACAUUGACCUCUUUGUCUUCUUCUCUGUUUUCUUCUCCUGCUUCUUCCUCUUCCUCUCUGUCUGUGUCCUGCUUUGGAAAGUCAAACAGUUCCUGGAUCUGAGGCACGAGCAACGUCGCCACCUGCAGGAAAUGACCAAGAUGGCCAGCCGGCCCUUUGCUAAAGUGACUAUCUACUUUGAGCCAGACACUCUGGGGGCUGCCGCCGAGCUGGUCUUCCUCCCUGCGCGCCCCCAUAAGCACCCAGCCCUGACCGCCUCCCAGCCCAGCCGCCUGAAACCCUACCAUGAGGUGCCCUACCCUGUUGCCCACUUCCGCCGCUCAGAGCCCUUCCUCUCUCACCUGAUGGGUUACUCCUACUCCAGUUUCCGGGUGGGGCCCAUUACCCUAGAGCCAACGGACGACAGCAUGGCCGGAGUCGCCACUGUCCUCUUCCAGCUGCCCGGAGGGCUGCAGGCCCCCAAUCGGGCCUGCCUCGGCUCCGCCCUUGUCACCCUGCGACACAACCUGCAGGACUACUGCAGUAGCAGCAGCCACGGAGUCAGCAGUUCCCGUAAGGGGCUCCUCAGCCACGAGAACCUCACUAGCAUGUCCCUCUGAGCUGCCGGGGAACUGUGCCAGGCUUUGCAACGGAUGGAACUCAUUCCUUCUGCCACCUCCGCACCCAGCGGCCCUUCCUCGCCUCUUGGAGGUGGCUGAGAAGGGGCAGGCAGGAGGCAGCUACUGUACCUCCAGCUGGCUGGCCGGUCAGGUGGACGGAAGGAUCGAUGCCGUCUCCAGUGAUCAUGCCAUGGAAUGCAGACAUUGUUGCAACCAGAGAGAGCCACUGUUCUCAUGCUUCUCAAACACAUAGGCCCCUGUGCUCUGCCCAAGGCUACUGAUGGUGCCAGCUCCCUCCCUGUCUUCUUUGCGGAGGUCUUGGAGCUGCACAAGAAUGAUGGGCAGCACGAGGUGCCCUGUGGGGCAGGCAAAAGAGACAAUCGGCCAAGCUCCUCUUCUAUGUAAGGUCAGGGACAAGUUGGCCUGAAGGAAACUCCGUGGGUGGAAGUGGGCGUUUGGCAUUCUGAUUUUUCUCAUUGUGAUUGCUUUUUUACUUUUCACUUUUCCACCUCCCUCCCUUUGGCCAGACUGCCAACGCCCCACACAAGCCCUUCAAAGGUAAUACAGAUAGUUCCCUGUCA